UCUAUCGUCGUCACACAUAAACACAACGCACAUCAUUCUUCGAGAGCCUUUUAUACUUUUCUCUCUAAACCUCUGAAAACCUAAAAACCCGUUAACUGUUUCUUUCUUCUCCUCUGCUUCACACUCCACAAUUGUUGCUCUGCUUCCAAAUUGCCGUUGUUGCUCUGCUAAUCAUCCAUCACAACAAUUAUGGCUGAACUUGAUCAAAGUUUUGGUGAACAAGAUAUUGAUGGAAUACCCGAGAUUUCACAUCCUGAACAAAAACAGGAAGAUGAUUCAGUUAUUGGAGGUGGGCCAGGUGGCGAUAAGAAGUGGCCCGGAUGGCCUGGAGAGAGUGUCUUCCGGAUGUUGGUUCCUGCACAGAAGGUUGGUAGUAUCAUUGGACGCAAAGGAGAGUUCAUUAAAAAGAUGUGUGAGGAGACCCGAGCUCGCAUUAAGAUCCUGGAUGGUCCUCAAGGAACAGCAGAAAGAGCUGUUAUGGUAUCUGCCAAAGAAGAGCCUGAUGUUACUCUUCCCCCUGCUAUUGAUGGCCUUCUUAGGGUUCAUAAACGCAUCGUGGAUGGGUUAGAGGGUGAUUCUUCUUAUGCUCCACCAGGUGCGGGAGGCAAGGUUUCGACAAGGCUGCUUGUGGCAGCCGCACAAGCGGGAAAUUUAAUUGGAAAACAAGGAGCAACAGUCAAAUCUAUUCAAGAAUCAUCCAAUUGCAUUGUUAGAGUUCUCGGGACAGAGGACCUACCCAUUUUUGCUAUUCAAGAUGAUAGGAUUGUGGAAGUAGUAGGGGAGCCUGUAGGUGUGCACAAGGCAAUUGAAUUAAUUGCUUCUCAUCUGAGGAAAUUUUUAGUUGAUCGCAGUAUAAUUCCGAUGUUCGAAAUGAAUAUGCAAAUGCAGAACACUCAGAUGGAACAACACAUGCCUCCUCCCCAAUCCUGGGUUCCACAGCCUCAAGCUUAUCCUCCAAAUAAUACUGGUGGAGGUCCUGGUUAUGUAGCUAAUCCUCAUUUCAUGCCUCCUAGGCAAAUUGACAAUUACUUUCAACAAGAAAUGCCACCUCCGCUAGAAAAACAGCCUCAUCAGGGUAUUUCUGUCUACGGAAGAGAAGCUCCGACUGGAAUGUAUGGAUCAUCCAACGCCCAGCAGGCGCCUUCAGUUAUCACACAGGUCACACAACAAAUGCAAAUCCCACUAUCUUAUGCUGAUGCUGUGAUUGGUACAGCUGGUGCAAGUAUAAGCUACAUUCGGCGUGUUAGUGGGGCUACUGUUACCAUACAGGAAACAAGGGGUGUUCCUGGCGAAAUGACAGUUGAGAUCAACGGAACUGCUUCUCAAGUACAAACAGCUCAGCAGUUGAUUCAGAAUUUCAUGGCUGAAGCAUCAGUCUCUCAACAGACCCAACAAGUCGGGUCCACAGACCAAGGUUAUAACUCUUACAACGCUCAUGGUUCUCUUUACGCAUCUCCUCCUUCGAACCCAGGACUUGCAGGCCAAACUGGAGGUUACGGUUCAGUGUAUGGCACCAACUAUGGUUAUUAAGCAGGGUGGUCCUCGGUAGCAUUCCCUUCUCAUUACAAGUUUAUGAUAUUUCACUAUUUUUUACUCGAGCAUUGGUAAACAUACCAAAUAAUUCCUAUAUAGGACGGUCUGUAUUGUAAUUUGCUUCCUUUCAAGUUCACUUAGAUCAAAGCACAAUGCUAGAUUUAUUGUGUGCAUUAGGUGAGAACCAUAGAGUUAAACUAAUUCGGUAUUUCAAAUUUCUUACACUUUUCAA